UCUCCCCCAUUUUUUCUUUUAACUCAGGAACGCUCUUCUCUUCUCUUGCCCUAGAGAUUUUGAAUUCGAUUUCGAUUUCAGUUUUUUUUUUUCUUUCUGAAUCGAGAAAUCCUUUUCUCAAGCGUGAAUUCUUGUUUCAACGGGUGGGGAUUAAAUAUAUGAUGGUUCAAGCCUUGGAUUUGCAGAGUUUUAUUCUUCGGGCUCGAGUUCUUAAGCUUUACCGACAAGCAUUGAAGAUAGCUCACAGAGCUCCUGUUCAUGUUAGAGGGGAAUUGAAACAGACGGUUAGGGAAGAGAUGGAAAAGAACAGAGACUGCAACGACAAACAGAAGAUUCGGUAUCUGAUUAGUGAAGGUUUAGAGAGAGUUAAAGGACUUGACGAGAUGUUAGAUAUGCAAGGCCAUUAAGCAUUGAUAUGUUCUUUUUACAUUCUUUUUUGUAAGCUUUUCUGCUUUUAAUUGAAGGGUUGAUGCAAUGCAUGCGUUCUUUAAGUAGAAAUUCUGGUCAUCUUUGUGUUGAAACUCUCUCUUGCAUGCGUUCAUCAUUUCUAUAGAUUGAUACUUUUAGCGAACAAACAUUGUUAUUCUCUUUUAAUCUGUGAAAUACAUUGUUAGAUCUCUAA